AUGGCACCAAAAAAGAAGGCUGAAGCGGCCCCCGCCGCCGUCAGGGUUACCCGGAGCGCCACCAAAUCAGGCGCCGCUGAGCUCAGCGAAAAAGUUGACAACCCGCAACCGCGGAAGAGAAAGGCGCCGGAAGCCGCCUCCGCCUCCGUCGGAAACUCAGAUCAACGCAAGAAAAAGAAGGCCAAAACCACCACUUCCGCCUCCCCUUCUGCCGCCGGGAACUCUGAAAAGGGCAAGAAAAAGAUGGCCAAAACCCCCACCACCGGCGGCGGCGCCGCCUCCUCUUCCGCCGGAGCCAAAACCGUGAUAAUCGAGCACUGCAAGGAGUCGAAAUCAUCCAAGACAAAGGCUAAACAAGUGAAGAAAGGGCUGGAGAAAGAGAUUCCUGGAGUCAGCGUAGUGGUCAACCCCGAUCCGCCAAGGAAGGGUUUCUUCGAGAUUCGCGACGAAGACGGAGAGGUUUAUCUGAGCCUGAAUGAUAUGAAGAAUGCACUCAACGCACUCGAUGCCGACGAGCUCGUCUCCGACAUUGUCGGAAAGAUCAGAUGA